AUGACAGUAGAGACUUGUCAGAACGACGAUCCUGGACCGGUGGCCUCUGUUCCUGCAGAGCUUCCCUGGUGGAAAGAUCCCAAGUUACGCCGUCUCAAUUUCUGCCUCAUAUCAAUGACGCUUUUCUCCUCCUCCAACGGUUUCGAUGGCUCUCUGGUGAAUGGCCUUCAGUCUCUGGAUAGUUGGCUAGAGUUUAUGCAAAUGCCAUCGAGUACCUGGCUCGGCUUCAUAAACGCUAUAUACGCAGCAGGAGCAAUCUUCUCCUCAAUGGCGGCCGGAUGGGCGUGCAACCAGUUUGGACGGAAACCGACUAUAUGGAUAGGAGUUUUGAUUCUCGCGGUGGGAUCACUCCUUGGGGCCUUUGCUCCUAAUGACACCGUAUUUAUAGUAUCACGCGUCUUCAUCGGUCUUGGUUCUGGCUGUGUCAGCGUCCCCGGGCCAUUAUUGUUGGGCGAGAUUGCGUACCCUGCUCAUCGAAGCGUUACAAGUGCUCUGUUUAUGGUAGGGUAUUAUGGCGGCUCUGUUGUUGCGUCUUGGGUGACGUUCGCUACCAGAACUUACAGCAGUUCGUGGUCAUGGAGACUGCCCACGCUCUUGCAGAUCCUCCUCCCUGUUGCGGCAAUUCCAGGAUUCAUCAUGACCCCCGAGAGUCCUCGUUGGUUAAUCGGAACUGGCCGCGUGGAAGAAGCCCGGGAGAAGCUUGCGCUGUUGCACGCCGCUGGCGAUAUCACUGCGCCCUUGAUAACAUCCGAGGUCACCGAGAUCCAUGCAGCCAUCACAGCCGAAAAAGAAGCCUCGUCGUCUUCCAGCUACAAGGACAUGGUCAAGACACCGGGGAAUCGGCAUCGUCUUCUUAUUACAGUCACCCUAGGUAUUUUCAGCCAAUGGUCUGGAAAUGGCGUCGUGUCCUACUAUCUGGCUCUGGUGUUGGAUUCCGUUGGGAUCUCAAAAACAAAGGAUCAGCUACUUAUAUCUGCCUGUUUACAAAUCUGGAACCUGAUCUUCGCUGCAAUCGGUGCAACGUUGGUCGAACGGGCAGGUCGCCGUGCUCUUUUCCUCACCUCUGCCGGUAUAAUGCUUGUCGGUUAUAUUACAAUUACUGGUCUGUCCGGUUCCUUUGCAACGACUGGUUCUGUACCGAUAGGAACGGCAGUCAUUCCCUUCAUCUUUAUUUUCUUCGCUGGCUACGACAUUGCACUAUCCCCACUGCUCACUGCGUAUCCGUGUGAAAUCUGGCCAUUCGCUCUCCGAUCGCGUGGUCUCUCUGUCGUCUGGAUCUCUGCAACCUGUGCCCUGAUCUUCAAUACUUUUGUCAACCCCAUUGCCCUCGAUGCCAUCGGAUGGAAAUACUAUUUCGUCUUUGUUGCCGUCCUCGCCUGCUACGCCUUCACUUCCUAUUUCUUCUAUCCUGAAACUAAAGGGUAUAGCCUGGAGCAUAUGGCAUUGAUCUUCGAUGGGGAGGCGGCGGCUAUCGGUGAGAAUCACGAUAAGUUGGAACUUAAGGAUCAAAUGGAAGGGGAUGUCGUAGAGAUUGAACGCGUGUAA